UUUAUUAUGAAUAAACAAUGCUUAAAUUUCAACUUCAUUCUCAUCCUUCGAUACUUUGUUUGAUCCCUAAAAAUUGAUCUCUCUGAAACUGCAAACAUACCAGAGCUCCCAGGAAUCUUCAUUCAUAUUACACUUAAAGAAAGGUUAAAAAUGCACACUUCAAGCAUGCUAAAGAAAGAAUUUCUUAAUAAAUGGAUAAAGGGUCUCCAAAUAUGUUGUUCUUCAAAGAGUAAAAUGGAUCUCUUGGAGAGAAAGAAGAAAAUAAAGCUAUCUGCAGACAUUGCCAUGGCUUCUGCUAAAAAGACAGCAACUUCAUGGAGCAAUGCACUAAUAUCCGAGGCUAAGAAAAACAAGCAAGACACCAUUCUUGUGAGCCAAUUAUUAGGGUCCGAAUCGCCGUUGAAGCUACAAAAGAGUACAAAUAGGAUUAUCAGUAUCCAUAAAAGAGUUCAAUGCAAGAAAAUCUUGAAAAGAAGUUGCUAUAAUGCUGGUAAAAGGAUGAUGAUGAAGAAGAAGAACCUGGGCAUUUCUAGAUCGAAUUUCGCAACUACUAUUGCAAAAAGAUUGGUGAAGAAGAGGACUAAAGUACUUAAAAGACUUGUACCUGGUGGAGAAUCCAUGGAUGAAGUCUCCCUGAUCAAAGAAGCAAUGGACUACAUUCUUUCUCUUAAAGUACAAGUUGAUGUGAUGAGGAGUGUUGUUACUGCAGCUGAGGUUUUGAGUGAUGAUAAAUUGCUGAAAUUGGUAGAAUAAAGAAAAUAUAUAUAGAACUUGAAAAAAUCCAUGUACAGGUAUUGCAGCUAGAACCUCUAGUGUAUAUCUUUCUGUCCUUUUAACUUUAUUCUAUAUUGUAAUGUAAUAAUUUGCCCCAGCUAGUCCAUCUUUUACAAGUAAAACAUGAUUCAUAUGAAUCAAGCUAGCUUCAAUUA